GAGACUCAACACACCCACUUCUCUCCUUCAUCUGAGCGUGACUUCAGUGAAACAUCCGGCCAUCAUGUCUCCAUCAAAGAAGAAGUUUAACCAAUUCAAGGGGCGAUACCCGGAGAAGGUGUCAACCUCCAACCUCGUGGGUUUAGAAGAAGAUUUUCCAGAGUUUGAGGCUUUUCCUGUUGUCCUCACACCCAGAGCACCGGUACCUGCAUUCGACGGCACAAAUCUGUCGGUGCAGAAUGUUGACAUGUGUCAGCAGAUGAAUAAAUCGCAACACAACACAGGCUCAUACGACAACCCCAACUUGGUGGUCCGCCGCGGUCAGGAGUUCCAGGUGAAAGUCACCUUCGACCGCCCGCUGGUGGAGACCGACGACUUCCAACUCGAGUUUCUGAUUGGUGAAAACCCUACACCCAGUAGGGACUCCCUGGUGGCGGUAACCUUUAAUUCCCGUAAUGGAGGCUCGUGGACGGGUCGGAUUGUGGAGAGUCAGGAUGUAACUGUGACUCUGGGCAUCACACCGACGCCCGACGCCAUCGUUGGGAGGUUUCAAACGUACGUGGCCAUCAUGAUGGGAACCGGAAAGCAGCGAACCAAGAGGGACGCCACCACCGACCUGUACAUGCUGUUCAACGCCUGGUGUAAAGAUGAUGCUGUGUUUCUUCCUAACGACGCAGAGCGGAAUGAGUACGUCCUCAACGACCAUGGUGUGAUUUUUCAGGGUUCAUUUGAGAAUAAGGACUCUAAGGACUGGGUUUAUGGACAGUUUGAGCGCGGCAUUUUGGACGCUUGUAUUUACAUCCUGGAUGCGUCUCAGAUGCCGAUUGGCGACCGAGGCAACAUCAUCAAAAUAGUCAGGAUGGGAUCCGCAAUGAUUAACUCUCAGGACGACAAUGGCGUGUGUGUUGGGAACUGGAGUGAUGACUACUCGAUGGGCAGGUCCCCGACAUCUUGGACGGGCAGCUCACAGAUCCUUCUGCAGUAUGCUCAAACCAGAGUCCCGGUCUCCUACGCCCAGUGCUGGGUGUUUGCUGGAGUCUUCAACACCUUCCUACGCGCCCUUGGCAUCCCAGCGCGAACCAUCACCAACUUCAAUUCAGCUCACGACAGCAACGGCAACCUGAAGACCGAGCUCAUCUGCCUGCCUGAUGGCUCGCCCGACAGAGAGAACACCAGGGACUCCAUCUGGAACUACCACUGCUGGAACGAGGUGUUCAUUAAGCGCGACGACCUGCCGGCCGGCCUCGGAGGAUGGCAGGCGGUGGACGCCACGCCCCAGGAGAUGAGUGAUGGAUAUUUUCGCUGCGGUCCAGCUUCAAUUAUCGGCAUCAAGGAAGGUUUUAUCUCUCACCCGUAUGACGGAAGGUUCAUCUUCUCUGAGGUGAACAGUGAUGUUAUCUACUCCAAGCGGGAUCGCUACGGAACGCUGACUCCCUACAGGGUGGAAAGGGAUUACAUCGGAAAGGGUGUUUUCACCAAAUCAUUGGGCAGCGACUCACCAAACGACAUCACACAUACCUACAAGUACCCUAUAGAUAGUCCAGAGGACAAAAGGACUAAGGCCCGGGCGGAUGAAUUGGGCCUACAGAGGGAUGAAUCUGAGCUGCCUGAGACCCCACUGUCUGUCAUUAUUACCACCAGUCAGGUCGACCUGGGUCAGGAUGUCAUCGCACAGGUGGAUUUCUACAACCAGAGUGAUGUCCCCACAACCAUCCAAGCCAACUUGACCGGGUCUGUCAUCUUCUACACCGGAAUCAGAGCCAAUCACUUGAAAGAUCACAAAUUCACCAUCACCGUGCCAGCCAAUCAGAUGAAGAGUGAGAUAGUGAAGAUCCGAGCUGACGAGUACGUUCCAUUGUUGGGCACUCAGCGUUGUCUGCAAUUUAUUGUGACUGGACAGGCUGAGGACGAAGCAGUGACUGCCAUCAAGGUGCUCAUGCUGCAGAUCCCGACGCUCACCGUUACGCUGAGUGGCUCGCCCUUGGUGCAGCAGGAGAUGUUUGUCAGCGUUACCUUCACCAACCCCUUCGACUUUGCCCUGAAGUCCUGUAGCCUGUCCAUGGAAGGAGCCGGAGUCAUGAGCGAGAAGACACAUUUUUACAGAGUCAUUGAGCCUCAGGCUUCCAUCUCCUGGAAGGAGUCUUUCAACCCUCGGCUGGAUGGAAAUCGAAGCCUUGUAGCGGUGAUGGACAGCAGCAAUCUCUGUGAGUUGAGGGGAGUUGCUCGUGUUGACAUCACGACCUGAGAUGAUUGGUCCACAGAGCUGUGUCCCCCGCCCCGCUCCAUUUCUACUACGCCUCCACCAAUCACAGCAGCUUCCAACUGAGCCGGCAGAGCCGAUAAACCACGCAAUCAAUGUCUUUAAUGAUUUUAUUUCUUGUUUAAUAUCAAUUUACACAAAUCAUUGGAAAUACCAAACUUUGAUAGUUUUGCUCCACAGACCGAGGCAGGAUGUGACAUUUUAAAAUGAGUUUAGUUUAGUUAAAGGUCAUUUAGAGGAAUGUGAAUAGAUCCUAUUUUAAUAUAAAAUGGGUUUAGUGGGGAAAUUAAUGAAAUUUGAGAAAUUAUUGCUAAAAUUAAAUUUAAGAACUAAAAUGUAAUCAUUAAUCAAUGCUUUUUAAUCGAAUGUCUCAGAAAGUCUCUUCUCACACUGAUAUAAAAAAUCUGUUUAAUCAUCAUGUUAAUGUUUGGAUGAAAAAAAUUGUAUGUGAUUGUACUGUAGUCUUUCUUUUCUUUUCACUGCCAUACCUUUUCUACUAACAAUAAAAGCAUUUUCAAAACCA